UGAGCUGAAUAAUUACCACAGCAAUAAAGCCAUUCUGUACAAGGAAUUUAUUAAAGACUGCACAAUGGCCAAGGAGGAUGGCAUCUAUACCACACACUUACCCGGCACCAGAAUGAAUACUUCAGUGCGGUGUGUGGCCAGCUUUUUUGGAGGUGGCUGGACGGUGAUUCAACGCCGCAGGGAGAAUGAUUUGGACUUUCGAAGGAACUGGGAAGCGUAUCAAAACGGAUUCGGGAAUUUGUAUUCGGAGUUCUGGUACGGACUGGAGAAGAUCUAUCGCAUCGCAAUGUCCCACCAAACGGAGAUUUUCUUUCUCCUCCAAAACGGAGAGGGCACUCGAUCGUAUGCCAUGUACGAUCGCUUCACCAUUUUCGGUCGCAACAAUAACUACACGCUCCGCACCCUGGGGGAGUACAAGGGCGAGGCGGGCAACGGCAUGCAGUACCACCUGAACAUGCCCUUCUCCACCUACGACCGGAAGAACAAUGAGCCCAGCAAUGGUCACUGCUCGCAACUCUUUUGGGGCGGUUGGUGGUACAACAAUUGCUAUACCAGCAAUCUAAAUGGCAAAUAUCCGGAUAGAAAGGAGCUUCGUAGCCGUUGCUUUCGAUGCAUUACUUGGACCUACUUUCAACAGUAUCGACCGCUGACAUUUGUGCAAAUAAUGAUUAGACCCAAUCGUAACGUGCAACAAAGGAUGAUAGGAUAGGAAGAAGCUCUAAAC